AAAUUUACCAGGAGGGGCAUUCGCUUUCUAUGCCACCAUCAGUGCCAAGGAGACAAGCAGACUGUAAGGCACUCAAUAAUGGUUCUAGGCUCAUAGACUCCUCAAGAAGAAGGGGAAGAGAACCCAGAAGUUGACUACCUUGUUCUUCCAGGGAUGUCCAGACUCAUGGCGUGUGCUCCCUGGACCUGGCUACAGCAGGGGAGGGAAUCUCGGAAACUGGUGCUGUUGGUUGUCUUUGUUGCUCUGCUGGUAGACAACAUGCUGUUGACAGUCGUGGUGCCAAUCAUCCCUUCCUUCCUGUUUACCACCUACAAAAGUGCUAGUCAUUCUGCUGCUCUGAAAAGCAUGGUUCCCACAGUGGUCUCUACAGCUGCUUCCUACAAUGCGGUCUUCUCUUACUAUGACAAUACUCCAGUGGUCAUCUCGGACCAUACUGCCAAUAUGGAUGCAAACAGCACAAGCAAGACCCAAGGGGAAAAUGUAUCUCAUCUCCCUGAGACUGCUUUGAUGCCUGGUGACAACUGUACAGAGGGAGCUGACUUUAUGACUAAAGAGAACAUGCGUGUUGGAUUGCUGUUUGCUUCUAAGGCUUUGAUGCAGCUCGUAGCCAACCCCUUUGUAGGACCCCUAACCAAUCGGAUAGGAUACCAUAUUCCCAUGUUCCUUGGGUUUGUUAUCAUGUUCCUCUCCACACUUUUGUUUGCUUUCUCCAGUACCUACGACUUACUGUUUGUGGCCCGAGCACUGCAAGGUCUUGGGUCUGCUUGUUCUUCUGUUGCAGGUCUUGGGAUGCUGGCAAGUGUCUAUACUGAUGAUGAGGAAAGGGGAAGUGCUAUGGGAAUAGCCUUAGGUGGCUUGGCUUUGGGUGUUCUUGUUGGAGCACCGUUUGGGAGUGUGAUGUAUGCGUUUGUUGGGAAGUCAUCUCCCUUUCUGAUCUUGGCAUUCUUAGCCUUGUUGGAUGGAGCUUUACAGAUGUGCAUCUUGCAACCUUCAAAGAUUUCACCAGAGAGUACUCAAGGGACCCCACUGCUUACCUUGCUAUGGGACCCCUAUAUUCUGAUUGCUGCAGGUUCUCUCUGCUUUGCCAACAUGGGAGUCGCAAUCCUGGAAGCCACUCUGCCUAUUUGGAUGAUGCAAACCAUGUGUUCCCCGGAGUGGCAGCUGGGGGUAGCUUUUCUGCCUGCCAGUGUAUCUUACUUGAUUGGUACCAACCUAUUUGGGUUUCUGGCCAACAAAAUGGGGCGGUGGCUUUGUUCCCUGAUCGGAAUGGUGCUGGUGGGGAUCAGCCUCUUUUGUAUUCCCUUGGCUCCAAAUAUCUAUGGACUCAUUGGGCCUAACGGUGGGGUUGGUAUUGCCCUUGGCAUGGUGGAUUCCUCAAUGAUGCCGAUUAUGGGAUACCUGGUAGAUCUUCGGCACACCUCUGUCUAUGGCAGUGUUUAUGCCAUUGCUGAUGUUGCCUUCUGUAUGGGCUUUGCUAUUGGUCCUUCUACCGGGGGUGCUCUUGUACGAGCCAUUGGCUUUCCCUGGCUAAUGGUCCUCAUUGGUGGAAUCAACCUUUUAUAUGCCCCCUUGUGCUGGUUCCUACGGAGCCCUCCAGCCAAAGAGGAGAAGAUUGCAAUUCUUAACGAGGGAUGUUUGAUGCAAACCAAAAGCUACACCACCCAGAAAGUUCUCCGAGACUUUCCAUUGACCGACAUGAGUGAUGAGGAAGUGGAGAGUGAAGAAUAGAAGGAAGCUCUGUCAGAAGUCCCCCGUUAAAGCCAUGAAGCCCAUCUCACCUCCUCCAACAAGUGGAGAGCUCCUUGGUUUGCUGUCUUACCUCUGUGAGUCUAUGGGGGCCUCUCAGCAUUGGGUCAAAUGCCAGGACUUUUGGAUUCCACCUGUAGCUAACCUGCACCUUUUGCUAUUGGAACUCAGAGACAAACAUCAGUUAGUUGCCUGUCUGCUUUUCAUCUAGACAGCAGCAGAGGCUGCAAAGCAAUUUCCUUCCACGGUAUCACCUGUGCCAGGGGUGAACUCAGUGAUAUCAAGAUGUAUUGUUUAGUGUGUACAAAAUACUUAGGAUUCAUGGCUGAAACACACUUGCGGCUGCGAAAUAAAACAGGAGUUCAGCAGCCCCUGAAAGACUAACAACAUUUAUUGUAGCAUAAGCUGUCAAGAGUCUCAAUGCAUCCAGUGCGUUGACUGCUACAAGCAGGUUCUCUUUAUUUUUUUGCCUUGCCCAUUAUGGGUUUCCUUGAUUUAGAAAAUGUACAGGCUGCCUCUCCAGAGACCUACUCAAGUCACAAUACAAUAAAACCCAACAAGCCAUUCAAAACGCCAAACACUGUGCUGAUUAAAACAAUAUUCAUAAAACAGUCUUCAAGUCUGCAGGGCAGGGUACCAUAAAACCAAUUUUUAAAAAGAUGGAAGCCUUCGAUUAAAAGACUGGGUGCAAUGAAAUGUUUUGACCUGGAGCCCAAAGGAGAGUAAGGUAGGUACCAAGUGAUGCUUAGCAGGGAGGGGAAUUCCAAAUGUAAGGUGUCACUCACCACUGAAAGACCCCUGCUGCCACAGGCCUCUGCAAGCUAGGCUACAGAGAGUAACUGGUAGGUUGCAACACCAUGAAACCAAUAAAGAGAG